GCCCUGCUGGGCGCCGUGCUGGGCUGCGCGGUCGCGGCGCUCAUCCCCGCGGCCGACGUGAAGGUGGAGGUGCUGCAGAAGCCCUUCCUGUGCCACCGCAGGAGCAAGUGGGGGGACAUGAUGCUCGUGCACUACGAGGGCUUCUUGGAGAGGGAUGGCUCCCUCUUCCACUCCACCCACAAGCAUAACAAUGGUCAGCCCAUGUGGUUUACACUCGGCAUAAGGGAAGCAAUCAAAGGCUGGGAUAAAGGUUUGAAGGACAUGUGUGUGGGAGAGAAGCGAAAAUUAACUAUCCCACCUUCCCUUGCUUAUGGAAAAGAAGGAAAAGGAAAAAUUCCUCCUGAGAGCACGCUGAUAUUCAACAUUGACCUUUUAGAAAUCAGGAACGGACCAAGAUCUCAUGAGUCAUUCCAAGAGAUGGAUCUUAAUGAUGACUGGAAACUAUCCAAGCAAGAGGUGAAAAUUUAUUUGAAGAAGGAAUUUGAAAAGCAUGGAGCAGUGGUAAAUGACACCCAGCAUGAUGCUUUGGUGGAAGACAUAUUUGAUAAAGAAGAUGAAGACAGUGAUGGAUUUAUUUCUGCAAGGGAAUUCACUUACAAGCAUGAUGAGUUGUAGAAAAAUGUGGCAGAAUUUCUUAUGAUGCAGAAAUGGCAGUGACUUGGAGAAUGUUGGAUUCUCUCAUCUUCUUUAUUCAUUGUUUUCAAGCUGA